AUGUGCAACCAGCCGCGCGAGGCGCUGGGCGUGUACCAGGAGCUCCUCGCCGAGAACUUCGCGCCCAACUCGACGACGUACAACGCGCUGAUCAGCGCCUACGGCAAGCUGGGGCAGCUGGACAAGGUCCUCGAGGUGUACAAGGACAUGGUGUGGAAGGGCCUGGAGCGCAGCGUCAUCACGUACAGCAGCCUCAUCAGCGCCUGCGAGAAGGCCGGCCGCUGGGAGACGGCCCUGCAGCUCUUUGACGAGAUGACGCGCGACGGCUGCAGCCCCAACACGGUCACCUACAACUCCCUCAUCACCGCCUGCGGCCAGGGCUGCCAGUGGGAGAAGGCGCAGGCCGUCUUUGAGCAGAUGCCCGCCACCGGCUGCACGCCGGACGUCGUCACCUACACCUCCCUCAUCUCGGCCUAUGAGCGCGGCGGCCAGUGGCACCUCGCGCUGCAGGCCUUCCAGCGCAUGCUCGCGCAGGGAUGCCGGCCGGACGCCAUCGUCUACAACGCGAUCAUCGACGCCCUCUGGCAGACCGGCGUUGUGUGGGCACAGGCCACCGCGCUGGAGCUGUACCACUCGGCUGUCAAGCAGGGCCACUUCCGCGCCCCCCGCGUCAACGGCCCCGGCGAUGGCAGCGGGACGGGCAGCCCCACGGCAAACUCUCCAGCGGCGUUCGCGCCCGGCGGCCCCGGCGGCCCCAGCGGCCCCGGCGGCCCCGGCGCCGGCGCGCCGCUGGGGGGCGCGGGCGGGGGCCGUGGGGAGCUCAACCUGCACGCGCUCACGGCCGGCGUGGCCAUGAUCAGCCUGUACCUGUGGCUGUGCGACCUGCGGGACGUCGUGACGGCGCGCGGCGACGGCGCGCUGCCGGCGGCGCUGGCGAUCGUGACUGACGCGGGCAGCAACAGCAAGGAGCAGGGCAACUUCAUCAUCAAGGAGGCCGUGUCCACCAUGAUGGCCUUCUGGGGCGCGCCCUUCAAGCCCUCCCAGGACAGGUCUUACUUGGGCCUGCUGGAGGCGUCGGGCCCGGCGGUGGCGCAGUGGGUCCGCACCGACGCGUUCUCCGCCCAGCUGGCCUCCCUCUUCCCCGCCUCGGCCGCGCCGCCGCUCGGCGCCGCCGACGCGGCCGCCGUGCUGGCCCACGAGCAGGCGGCGCGCGGCCAGUGCGACGAGGCGUUUGCCGCGGUCGCGCGCUUUGAGGCCAGCCACAGCCUGCAGCUGGGCAGCAUGGCCGGCGCUUACCUCGGGCAGCGCACGGGCCUCGUGUCGUCCAUGCUUGAGGCGGGCGCUGCGCUGGGCCUGAAGGACGAGGUGGUGCACGACGGCGUGCUGCUGCUGGACAGGACCCUCAGCUCUGUGCAGCAGGCCCCUGCCGAGCUGCUCCCCCUAGUGGCCGGCGCUGCGCUCCGCCUGAGCGCCGUGCAGGGCGAGGGCGCCGCCGGCGCGCCGCCUACGGCCGCGGUCGCGGCGGCGGCGGGGCUGGACGCGACGUCGCUGGGCGUGAUGGAGGGCAACGUGGCGCGGCUGCUGGGCGGCGACGCGACGGCCAUCUCUGCGAUGAGGUGCCUGAAGGUCUACCUGGAGCGCAUGGGGUACAGGUUCCUCGACCGCCGCGGCAUCUACGCCGUGGCCGGCCUCCCCAUCAUGCUCGCCGUCGAGGCCGCCUUCGACAUGAGCCUUCUCAACUGCCGCCCCUCGGCCGUGGCUGCUGCGGUGCUCUACGCGGAGCGCCGCCAGCGCGGCGCGGUGCCGUUCUGGCCGACCAUGCUGGCCAAGAUGACGGGCUACGAGGACCUGGUUACGCCGGAGCUGGCUGUCGCCGUGCACGCCGCGCAGAAGCUGUGCCGCAAGGUGCUCUACACGCAGAUUUACAAGGCGCAGGCGACGGGCCUCGCGGCCGGCGCGCGUGGCGGCGGCGCGGUCAGCGGCCCCGCGGCCCAGGUCGCGCCGGUGGCAGUGGCGGCGGCGCAGCCGCAGCAGCAGCUGCUGCUAGCCACGGCGCGGCAGGCGGCGGCGGUGGCGCUGCAGCAGGCGCCGUUGGGCCACCAGUGGGUGCCGAUCGCGCCCGCGCCCGCGAGCGCCCCCCUCCAGCAAUUCCAGGCGCUGGCGCCGCUGCAGCGGCAAGUGUCGGUGGCCGCGGUCCCGGCCUGUGCCCCCGCCCCGGCCCCUGUCGCUGCAGACGACGGGCCGCUGCUUUUUGAGAGCCUCGCGCUGUCACUGUCGUCCCUCGGUCUCGGCGGGGGCGACCUGUCGGCCGCUGCGCUGGGUGCGGCGCUGCAGUGA